CUUUCAGACACUGAUAACAGAAUGCAGAGACAGAACUUCACAGAAGUGAAAGAAUUCAUCUUCUUGGGAUUCUCUAGCUUCGGAAAACACCAGAUAACCCUCUUUGUGGUUUUUCUAACUGUCUACCUUUUCACUCUGGCUGGUAACGUCAUCAUUGUGACCAUCAUCCGCAUUGACCAUCACCUCCACACACCCAUGUAUUUCUUCCUGAGCAUGCUGGCUAGUUCAGAGACGGUGUACACCCUGGUCAUUGUCCCACGGAUGCUUUCCAAUCUCCUUUUUCAUAACCAGCCCAUCUCUUUGGCAGGCUGUGCAACUCAAAUGUUCUUUUUUGUCACGUUGGCCACUAAUAAUUGCUUCCUGCUCACAGCAAUGGGUUAUGACCGCUAUGUGGCCAUCUGCAACCCCCUGAGAUACACGGUCAUCAUGAGCAAAGGAAUGUGUGCCAGGUUGGUAUGCGGGUCCUUUGGCACUGGUCUGGCUAUGGCCGUUCUCCAUGUGACAGCCAUGUUCAAUUUGCCUUUCUGUGGCACAGUGGUGGACCACUUCUUCUGUGACAUUUACCCAGUCAUGAAACUUUCUUGCAUUGAUACCACCAUCAAUGAGAUAAUCAAUUAUGGUGUAAGUUCGUUUGUGAUUUUUGUGCCCAUAGGUCUGAUAAUCAUCUCCUAUGUCCUCAUUAUCUCCUCCAUCUUUAAAAUUGCCUCAGCUGAGGGCCGGAAGAAGACCUUUGCCACCUGCACUUCCCACCUCACUGUGGUCACUGUCCACUAUGGCUGUGCCUCCAUUGCCUACCUCAAGCCCAAGUCAGAAAGUUCAAUAGAAAAAGACCUCCUUCUCUCUGUGACCUACACCAUCGUCACUCCCCUGCUGAACCCUGUUGUGUACAGUCUGAGGAACAAGGAGGUCAAGGAUGCCCUGAGCAGAGCUGUGGGCAGAAAUGUUUCUUAACAGAUUGAAUCGUUUUGUCAGAAGACCUUUAACCCAGUGUACUACGUGUCUGUUCAUGAACACGGCACAA